UUUGUUAUAAGAAAACCAAACACGAGAAACAUAUGCACAUAUACAGUCAAUACAUAUGCGUACAUGAGAGCGAGAUCUAAUCAGAAAGUUUGGUGAAAAAGAGCAGCAAAAGUUGCUUAUGAUGCCGGUGAUGGAGCAACAACAAGUGAUCGAUUUCUAAAUGAAACAUACAAAUCUCCAAACCCCUUCUAAGCUCUCUCUGUAUAUAUACUUGAGCUUCAGUUACACACUGCACACUCAAUUAAAACUGAUCAAGUAAUCAUGGAGAGCCCCAACAGGAAAUCUGCUCAAAAGGUGAGUUUUCAUGGCUAAUAAUCUGUAUUUUUGGCUUCUCUUCCCGCUCAAAGUUACUAUUACUCCACAGCCUGCAGUUUCAUCGACUAAUCGAGGAUCAGCCAGAAAUACCACGGGUUUGUUUCAGCCAUCCAUCAGCAAUAGCAGCAACAGCAGCAGCAAUUCCUCUUCUGGAGUUGUUGACAAGUCUUGGAUAAAAGAAAACACAAAGCCAUCAGAGUUGAGACUCCAUACGCAGCAACGAGCAGCACAGCGCGCAAGAUACAACUCCUCUGUGGCAAUCAAAUUGUACAUGAUAGAGCAGCACAAGAAGCAAGUAGAGAAAGUGCUCAAGGUGAUCGAGGAGGAAGAGGUUCGGAUGCUGAGACGCGAGAUGGUUCCUAGAGCGCAGCUGAUGCCACUCUUCGACAAACCAUUUUCACCUCAAAGAUCAACGAGGCCUCUCACAGUUCCUCGAGAGCCAAGCUUCAAGAUGGUUGCCUGCAAGCAUGAUUGCAGCUGCAGAUAAAUAAUAUUUCAGACUUAUCCAACAUCACCUAGAUGGAUAAUCGUGCUUAGGAUUUAUGAAAUGCUGAAGCUGUGGUGGUGCUCUUACUUUCCUACUUCGCUCUCAUGAAUCUUGUAUUUUUUUUUACUUUUUUUUUUUUUUUGAGCGAGUGGUGGUGAGGUUGGAAUAACUGAAUGUACUUGACAAAUAACUUUUUCCUCAUCAAAUUGGGCUAUGAAUAAUGAAUCUAAACUUCAGAA